CCGCCGCCGGCAAGGAGCCUGGCUGCCGUGGCCGCGCGUGCGCACUAGCUUUCCCAGUUAGGCCGCGGCCGCCUCCCGUCGCUUUUUCCCGGCCCGGCCUGCUUCAUCCCUCCCGGCCUUGCCUCACGCCGCCGCCGCCGCCGAGAUGAUGAUGAUGGCGCUGAGCAAGACCUUCGGGCAGAAGCCCGUCAAGUUCCAGCUGGAGGAGGACGGCGAGUUCUUCAUGAUAGGCUCUGAGGUGGGCAACUACCUGCGGAUGUUCCGGGGCUCCCUGUACAAGCGCUACCCGUCGCUCUGGAGGCGCCUGGCCACGGUGGAGGAGCGCAAGAAGAUCGUCGCCUCUUCCCACGAAAACCAACGGAGUCACAGUCCCAGAAGAUAUCACGGUUAUACCACACUGGCCACAAGUGUGACUCUCUUGAAAGCCUCUGAAGUAGAAGAGAUCCUGGAUGGAAAUGAUGAGAAAUACAAGGCAGUCUCCAUCAGCACUGAGCCUCCCACCUACCUUAGAGAACAGAAGGCAAAAAGGAACAGUCAGUGGGUUCCGACCCUUCCCAACAGCUCCCACCACCUUGACGCUGUGCCAUGCUCGACCACCAUUAACAGAAAUCGGAUGGGCAGAGACAAGAAGAGAACUUUCCCCCUCUGCUUUGAUGACCACGACCCAGCCGUGAUCCACGAGAACGCCUCCCAGCCAGAGGUGCUGGUUCCCAUCCGCCUCGACAUGGAAAUUGACGGGCAGAAACUGAGAGACGCUUUUACAUGGAACAUGAAUGAGAAACUAAUGACCCCGGAAAUGUUUUCGGAGAUUCUCUGCGAUGAUCUGGAUUUGAAUCCCCUGACCUUUGUCCCGGCGAUCGCAUCAGCAAUACGGCAGCAGAUUGAAUCUUACCCUACAGACAGUAUUCUGGAGGACCAGUCAGAUCAACGCGUCAUUAUUAAGCUCAACAUCCAUGUGGGGAACAUCUCCCUGGUAGACCAGUUUGAGUGGGACAUGUCUGAAAAGGAGAACUCCCCAGAAAAGUUUGCCCUGAAGCUGUGCUCAGAACUUGGGCUGGGCGGCGAGUUCGUCACCACCAUCGCUUACAGUAUCCGGGGGCAGCUGAGCUGGCAUCAGAAGACGUACGCGUUCAGUGAGAACCCCCUGCCAACGGUGGAGAUUGCCAUUCGUAACACUGGGGAUGCCGACCAGUGGUGCCCUCUACUUGAAACCCUGACGGAUGCAGAGAUGGAGAAGAAAAUUCGAGACCAAGACAGAAACACGAGGCGGAUGAGACGUUUGGCUAACACAGCUCCAGCUUGGUAACCCUCCUGAAGUGGACAAGAGGAUUCAGCCUCCAGGCUGUGUCCAUGAGGAGCCAAGCAAAGGGCAAGCAUUUGUUAUGCUUUCUAUGCCCACCUGGGGACUGGCGGUACUUGCAUUGGCUGGCCCAGCAGACCAGAGGGAUGGUGACCUCUCCACCUCGUGGGUACCUGUCAAACAAGGGGUCCAAUAAAGACCUGUGGCAGCUGUCUGAGCCCUUCUCUCCCCCCUCCCCCAAAAACCUUAGGACAAGUUUUUAAAUAAAUGAAUAAUAAUU